UUCACACAUAUCAUGGCCGCUCACACAAAACCUCAAUACAUGAUUUGAGUACACAUUGCGAGGUCAUGGAGAAUCUGGCUUCAAUUCUGAAAUGGCUUUCCCAUACAAGCCCGUAGCCUUUCUUACGGGCGCAAACGGCCCGAUCCACGCCCUAUCGUACUCAGCCAGCCCAGGCACCUACAUCCUAACGGGCAGCGCCGACCGCUCCAUCCGGCUGUACAACCCCUCGCCCAGCACGGCCAUCCACCCGGCCAACUCGUACAUCACCAAGAAACCGCAGCAGCAGCAGCAACAGCAAAGCCCACAUGAGCCCCUCCCAGAGGGCCGCCUCAUCCAGAGCUACCAGGCCCACUCGCACGAGGUCCUCUCCCUGGCCGUCACCGCCGACAACGCCCGCUUCGCCUCGGCCGGCGGCGACCGCACCGUCUUCCUGUGGGACGUGGCGACGGCCCAGACGGUCCGGCGCUUCUCUCACGCCACCGAGGGCCACGUCGGGCGCGUCAACUGCGUCGCCGUCGGGGGAGGGGACGACUCGCUCGUCGUGUCGGGCGGGUUCGACACGACCGUGAGGGUGUGGGACGCGCGCGCCGGCGGCGGCGGCGGCGGCGCGAGGCCGAUCCAGGUGCUGGACGACGCCGCGGACGCCAUCUCCUCCGUGGUCGUGCGCGGCGCCGAGGUCGUCGCGGGCUCCGUGGACGGGCGGGUCCGGUGCUAUGAUGUCCGCGUGGGCAAGGUCACGGCCGACGUCGUCGGGGCGAGCGUCACGAGCGUGUGCCUCUCGCGCGACGGCAAGGCGAUGCUCGUGGGGAGCCUGGACAGCCGGGUGAGGCUCAUGGACCGGGAGAGCGGGUCGUGCCUGCGGGCGUACGGCGGCUCCGGCGAGGAGGCGGAGGGGUGGAGGAAUGAGGACUUCAGGGUGCAGAGCCUGCUUGGUGCCGGGGAGAGGUUCGUCGUCGCCGGGGACGAGAUGACGGGCUCUGCUGGCGCGGACGGCGGGCACGCGGCGGCUGACGGCGGUAGGAUAUGGGCGUGGGAUCUGAUGACGGGCAAGCUCGCCGCCAGGGUGCCUGUGCCGUGGGGCCCGGGGGGCGCGGAACGGCUCAAGAAGCUAGUCGGCCGGGACGGGAAGCCCAAGGAGCGCAAGUACGUCGUGAGCUGUCUGGCGUGGAGGGAGGGCGGCUUUGGCGACCAGUUCUGCGCUGGUGGCACGUCAGGGACAGUGACGGUGUUUGGCCCGGCCUGAGCGGCGACUGUCAAACUCGAGAGGAGAGAAGGAGGAGAGCAUGAAGGUCCUUGCGGACCAAGGACUACCAGUUCGAACUUGACGGAUAUACCCUGCCUUAGAAUAUCAUUACGAAAGUCAAAUACAAAGGACUAGUUCUACAA